CGAUUCUUUAUCGGUUCUCUCAUCAGUUUGUCCUGUGAAUGUUUGGUUUAGAAAAAGUAGCCGUUUGUGGUUUUGUGUAAUCAAUAGAAAUUUCUAAAUGAGAGAUAAGAGCUUGUGUAAUAAGACAAAUAGGAAAUUGGUCACUGGAUCCUCACGAGCUCUGCUCUGCUGGACUUAGCGACUGCACUUGUUGAUCACAGAUUGUCCAACACAUGGCGCUCGGGGUAUUUAAUGCCGUGUGUUGUCUACAAAUGCUUCAACAUGUUGAUGGUGUUUCUGCCCUUGCUUUAAAUGACGGUGCUGUUUAAGUUGCACGUUGCACUGUUACAGUUCCUUCUGGAGAACUGAAGCCACACAUUUAACCGUUUCAGUCUCUCUUCUUCAUCGUCACGAGAUUUGAAUGAUGUGUGUCCAAAGAUUCUUCUUCUUCUUUCAUUUUAUGGCAACUUUUAGCAGCGUUACUGCCACCAUCUGGACUGGGAUGUAAAGACACGGGACGAAAUCGGGAAUCGUUAAGCAUGAAGGCUAAUGAUAUCGAAGUUGAAUAUAAAAUAUUUCAAUAUUUUUAUUGUGAAGCAACAGUAGUUGAGUAAUCUAAUCUUUCCUCAUUCCCCUGAGCUCCCUGAGGCCCCCUGUACGAUCAAAACUGGAUCUGGUUUCAUUGUAAUCCUAAGAACCUUUGGGGGAAAACAAAAAAAGAAAGAAAAAAGAAAAUAUUUCCAUCCAGAAAUCCAGUGGUUUUAUUGUUGUGGCUGAUUGGUGUGUCUAAAUAUUGGAUGAUGCAAAAUCUGGUUAAUAAAUUAAUUUUUCAUGGUGCUUACACCAGACCAGACCAGUAACUUUAGAUGUGUUGCUUGUUCACAUGGUUCAGCCUGUUUUCAGAAGUAGGGAUGCUGUUGCUAUGGUUACCCACAGUUUAUCGUACCAUGGAAUUGAGCUUUAGCUGUCGACCAGAGCUCAGGUGUCAGUGGAUGCUAAUGGAUGCUUUCCCCUGUUAGUCAGAAAUGUAGUGAUGUCAGAGAUAGACAGGAAAUGUUGGGAGGAAGCGGAGCAGCGUCAUGCCAAUCUAACCCGUUUCUGAUCAGCUGCUGACUGAGUUGAGCCUGAGGAUUGUUGUUAAGGAUUGACAUGCUUCUCGUUGUACGUAUAUGCUGCUGUUAGAUUUCCUUUUCAACCAGGCUUCAAGUUACUGUGCCCGGACCGACUAGUCAUAUUUUGGGAGAGGAGAGCUUGAGCCGACUGAGACAUCUCAGAAAAAGGUGUGGUGGUGUAAGUAGGGAAAACUUCUGCAUAUAGGUAACGCACUGAAAGCAGCAAAUCCAAUUUGACUUUGAAAACUGCUGCAGCUGGGGGAAUGUAUGUGUGUUAGAUUAGAUCCUCCCACUUCGGAUCAGUGAGUGAAUGUGACUGGACACACUUCCAGAGAAGAGCAAGGCAAUUUGGACAUGUUGACUCGGAAGCCCUGCUCACCCAUGGGAUUCAAGAAAGCUGCAAGGAGGUGAAAAUCUGUUUGUAUUCUUAAUUAGACUGAGGUAAGACUGUGCAUGACGCUACCUUCGUGUAUAUGUGUUCGUGUAUAUAUGAAAGGCUUUCAUCUGUGGUUGAAACACAGAAAAGAACGUUGUGAUGUGAAUGUGUCUGUUGCAAGCUAAUGGACGAAGCGGGAGCCUCUGUUUACCUUAGCCUCAACGGUUCCCCAGCUCUUAGCAGCUUAGCAGCAGAUUGCGUCUUUAUUGCUCAUUAAAGUGCUGUAAUAGCCACCAAAUGGACAGCGAGCAGCUUUUUGUUAUGUACAGUGAACCUGGCAUCCUUUCUACAGAUGCUUCACUUCGGGGCAAACCUUUAACGGGGGUUGACAACUAACUGACACUAGCACAGUAAGUCUAAUGAUAUUGAAUCUAAUUCUUGGGAUUAUUAAACUAAAGGUUUUUAGUUUAUCCACGACCAUUUGUAGAAAGAGUCAUCAAGUAAUAAUGCACUAGAAGUGGUUAUUGCGGUUUUCGUAUGUGUGCUGUUGAAGUGGCCAGAGGUUUUUGUUUAUUUAUUGAAGUGGAGGGGUAGGACCUCCCUUGUGACCUCAGUGCUUCCUGAAAUUAAUGGACGCGCCAUUAGUCCAUUUAGAGAGCCAUAAACGAACGGGGAUGACUUUCUUUUUUAGCCCCAAAGCCUGACCUGUAAAAUAAUGAAACCCUUUUUAGGUUCCUUACACCUUUUCACCAGCAGACGUCAUCCACUUUUGCUCAAAUUUAUAUUUUUAGAUGCUGGUUGAACCUCGAAGCACUUUACUUUGUUCAGAUUUACAGUAUACUCGUUACAACUACAGCUAUGGAUGAUUCCCAAACUAAUCUAUACAGCUUUGCUAUAUCAAAUCAAACUGCGUGUUCAACCUUUGACCCUCUGUUUAUUUCUCCAUCAUUGGAAUCGAUAUCUGUCUCUGUUUGUCAGCUCCCUCAGUGUUUACACACUUGCCUUUCUCCACGAUCUUCUCAAUAAUACAACCAUAUGAUACUGACCCCGAGGGCGUGUCCACUGAUCCCCCGUGGUUUGCACUAAGUGUUCCAUCUGUUCCGUGGUUAGCCGUAGCCUCGCAUUCGACAGUGCUUGCAGUGCAUGCACCUUGUGAACUACCGGCUCCGAAACACCUCAUCCACGUCAAGCUCGGAUAAAAGUCGACCUCCGCUGUGAAUGUUUAGAUUUACUCACAUGUGGGGUUUGAAGGUUUGAAGUCUUGACCUUCACUGUGCAGCCAAGAAACAACUGGUGAGAUACAGAAUCGGAUGCAACGUACUGAGACAAGCGAAACGUAUCAGGAGGAGUACAGUAUGGACUCAACCAAUGCCCAAGUGCAGGUAGAGUUCUAUGUCAACGAAAACACCUUCAAGGAGAGGCUGAAGCUUUUCUUCAUCAAAAACCAAAGGUCAAGCCUCAGAAUCCGCUUGUUCAACUUCUCCCUGAAGAUUCUCACCUGUGUCCUCUACAUCGUUAGAGUCAGCCUGGAAAACCCCACGGAGAUCGCUGGCAACAUAAGUGCAAUAUCUCGCAACAACAGUUGGAAUAAUACAACAGAGUCCCUUGAAAUCGACUGGCGUCUGAUUUUCUGGGUGAACAGAUUGGAAUCUGUAUGGGCGAUACAGGUGACAGUGGCCUUAAUCAGUUUCUUGGAGACUAUGCUUAUCACAUAUCUCAGUUACAAGGGGAACAUCUGGGAGCAGAUCUUCCAGAUAUCCUUCAUAUUGGAGAUGAUCAAUACAGUGCCAUUUAUUAUCACAAUCUUCUGGCGCCCGUUGAGAAAUAUCUUCGUUCCGGUGUUUCUUAACUGCUGGUUAGCCAAAGGAGCCCUGGAGAACAUGAUAAAUGAUUUCCAUCGCGCCAUCCAGAGGACCCACUCGGCCAUGUUCAACCAGGUCUUCAUCCUCAUCUGCACCUUACUCUGUCUGGUUUUCACCGGAGCUUGCGGGAUCCAGCAUCUAGAAAGAGCCGGGAAGAGCUUGUCUUUGUUUGACUCCUUCUACUUCUGCAUCGUCACUUUCUCCACCGUGGGCUACGGAGAUGUCACUCCUCAGAUCUGGCCCUCCAAGCUGCUGGUCGUCAUUCUCAUCUGCGUCGCCCUGGUCGUCCUCCCUCUGCAGUUUGAGGAGCUGGCCUACUUGUGGAUGGAGAGCCAGAAGCUGGGGGGGAACUACAGCCGCCACCGGGCGCAGACCGAGAAGCACGUGGUGUUGUGCGUCAGCUCGCUCAAGAUAGACCUGCUGAUGGAUUUCCUCAACGAGUUCUACGCUCACCCCAGACUACAGGACUAUUACGUGGUGAUCCUUUGUCCCACGGAGAUAGACAUCCAGGUCCGCCGAAUCCUCCAGAUCCCUCUGUGGUCCCAGAGAGUGAUCUACCUGCAGGGAUCCGCCCUCAAAGACCAGGACCUGAUGAGAGCCAAGAUGGAUGACGCCGAGGCCUGUUUCAUCCUGAGCAGCAGGAAUGAAGUCGACCGAACUGCUGCUGACCACCAGACUAUUCUGAGGGCUUGGGCUGCCAAGGAUUUCGCUCCAAACUGUCCUCUCUACGUCCAGAUUCUCAAGCCAGAAAAUAAAUUUCAUGUCAAAUUUGCCGAUCACGUCGUCUGUGAAGAGGAGUUCAAGUACGCAAUGUUGGCUCUCAACUGUGUUUGUCCAGCCACCUCCACCUUAGUCACGCUCCUGGUUCACACCUCCAGAGGACAGGAGGGGCAGCUGUCCCCGGAGCAGUGGCAGAGGACGUAUGGACGCUGCUCCGGAAACGAGGUCUACCACAUCCGCCUGUGCGACAGCAAGUUCUUCGGGGAGUACGACGGGAAGAGCUUCACCUAUGCCUCCUUCCACGCUCAUAAGAAGUAUGGAGUGUGUCUGAUCGGAGUGAAGAGGGAGGACAACAAGAGCAUCCUCCUGAACCCCGGGCCUCGCCACAUCAUGGCCGCCGCCGACACCUGCUACUACAUCAACAUCACCAAGGAGGAGAACUCGGCAUUCAUCUUCAAACAAGAGGAGAAGCACAGCAAAGGCCUGACCGUCGCCGGCCUCUACGACGCCCCCUCCAGGCUACCUGUGCACAGCAUCAUCGCCAGCAUGGUUGAUCAGGCCACUUCAUAUGGCACAGUAGCCAUAGACCUCCAGCACCCAGAUCCUCCCGAGGAAAGCAGCAAGCUGAGUUUACCCACAGAGAACGGAGCUGGAAGCCGGCGGCCGAGCAUCGCGCCCGUCCUGGAGAUCGCGGACUCCUCCGCCAUCCUGCCCUGCGACCUCCUCAGCGACCAGUCGGAGGACGAGACCAACCAGUCAGAUGAGGAGGGCUCGGUGGGGUCAGAUUUCGUGAAGGGCUACCCUCCCAACUCGCCCUACAUCGGCAGCUCGCCAACUCUGUGCCACCUCCUGCCACAAAAAGCUCCGUUCUGCUGCCUUCGCCUUGACAAGGGCUGCACACACAACAGCUUUGAGGACGCCAAGGCGUACGGCUUCAAGAACAAGCUGAUCAUAGUGUCUGCGGAGACGGCGGGAAACGGCCUCUAUAACUUCAUCGUCCCUCUGCGAGCUUACUAUCGGCCCAGGAAGGAGCUCAACCCCAUCGUGCUGCUGCUGGACAACCAACCAGACAACCACUUCUUAGAGGCCAUUUGUUGCUUCCCUAUGGUUUACUUCAUGACCGGCACCAUCGAUAACCUGGACAACCUGCUGCAGUGUGGCAUCAUCUACGCCGACAACCUGGUGGUGGUGGACAAGGAGAGCACCAUGAGCGCUGAGGAGGACUACAUGGCCGACGCCAAGACCAUCGUCAACGUCCAGACUAUGUUCAGGUUGUUCCCCAGUCUCAGCAUCAUCACUGAGCUCACGCACCCGUCCAACAUGAGGUUCAUGCAGUUCAGAGCCAAGGACUGUUACUCACUCGCUCUCUCCAAGCUGGAGAAGAUAGAGCGAGAUAAGGGCUCCAACCUGGCCUUCAUGUUCCGGCUGCCAUUUGCUGCAGGCAGGGUGUUCAGUAUCAGCAUGCUGGAUACUCUGCUGUACCAGUCGUUCGUGAAGGAUUACAUGAUCGCUAUAGCGAGGCUUCUCCUCGGUCUGGACACCACCCCCGGCUCUGGCUACCUCUGUGCUAUGAAGAUCACGGAGGAGGACCUGUGGAUCAGGACGUACGGCCGACUCUUCCAGAAGCUCUGUUCCUCCAGCGCAGAGAUCCCCAUCGGGAUCUACCGCACAGAGUCGCACAUGUUCUCCACCUCAGAGUGCAAGGACAGUUACGUUCAGUCUCAGGUGUCCAUCAACGUGGAGCAGGGUGAGGAGCAGCGUGAGCGCGGCGGCUCCUGGAAGGAGAAGACGGCCCACAGGAACUCCACCACCAGCGACCAGUCGGAGCACCCGCUGCUGAGGAAGAAGAGCAUGCAGUGGGCGCGGCGGCUCAGCAGGAAGAGCGCCAAGCCGUCGAGCCGCGCCGAGCGCAUCUCUCAGCAGAGGCUCAACCUGUACCGGCGCUCCGAGAGGCAGGAGCUGUCCGAGCUGGUCAAGAACCGCAUGAAGCACCUGGGCCUGCCCACCGUGGGAUACGAGGAUGUUUCUAAUCUCACUGCGAGCGAUGUCAUGAACCGAGUAAAUCUAGGAUAUUUACAAGAGUUGCAGGACAUUUCAGAGCACCCGUAUACAGAGGGGACCAGGCCGUCAGGGCGACGAGCAGACGAGAUGAACGACCACCAGAACACGCUGUCCUACGUCCUCAUCAACCCUCCUCCCGACACCAUGCUGGAGCUCAACGACAUCGUGUACAUCAUCCGCUCUGACCCGCUGGCUCACAUGCCAGAGGACUCGCAGGUGGGACAGGCCCGAGGCGCCAGGCACCAGCAGGACUAUGGCACAGAGACGAGAGACGAGACUCACCUCUGAACCCCCCCCCCGUCCACCCCCCCGCCAACCAGACGUCCCGACACCCUGACCCUUAACCCUCCGAGCCUGGCCCAGCCGGGGGCCAUCAUGGCCGUCCGCCCGUCUGGAGCCCAGAGCAGCGUCGACGUCUUGAAAGAUGACUCUGUUCUUCCCCAACGAGCUGCUACAGGAGGAUGCAUGAAGAGUGCCUCGCCUCGCCCCCCCCCCCCUCCAGCACAACUACCCCACCCACUUCCUACUCGCAAAACUAUCUGAACCAGAGGAGCAGGAUCUGAAAACGCCUCCCAAACAAAGGACGGAGAGAGAUCAGAGUCUGGAGGAAAAUCGAACCAUCCACAACUUUUUUUCUAAAGGGUCAUAACACUUUCGAUUUGUAUCUUUUCAAGCAUUUAUCGUGGAAUUACCGUACAUGUGCACUUUUCUUAACUUAUUAUUUUUUAAUCGGACGAGAUUUUCUCUUAUUUUUUACUCUCCUCUGUCGAUUUAAUCCUUCUAAUAUUUAUUUCACUAUUUUAAGUGUCUCCCGUCUGCUCUACUUUACGUGCCAUUAUAUAAAUACAUAUAUAUAUAUUUUGUAAAUAUAGUUAAAUUAUCAUAUUCUGUCAUAUUCUGCAUCUGUUUAGUGACAUUUAUUAUUUUGGAGCCUGACCGAAACGUCUGCAGCUGCAGUUUAAGUUUAAAACCAAAAAAAAAAAGCCGGCAAUGAGCUUAGCUUAGCUUAGCAUGAACGGCUAGCAGCACUGUUAAUUUUUUCCAUUAGUACUAAAACAUCUGCAUGUUUUGUAAAGAUGAAUCAAGCUGUGUUAGUUGUGCAGGAAGGUGAUGCUAACAGUUCCCCCCUGCUUCCAGUGUUUGUGCUAAGCUAAGCUAACUGCCUCAUGGCUGCAGCACAUAUGAGAUCAAUCUGAAGAAAAUUAUCAUUAAAACCAUCGGUCAGGCUCUGUUUUUUAUUAUCAUUAUUAUUAUUAUUAUUCCUUCAACUUGAAUUCAUGUGCUGGUAAAUAUUUGUGGACUUGUGAUCUUCCAGUGUCGGAUCUUUUCUGGAGUUGCAGGUCGAGCGGUAGCAGGUAACAGGUUUGCACAGAUUUUGUCGGACUCUCUUUCUGGCCGGUGACGUAUUUCCAGAUUUCCUUCUCCUCUCCUGACUGUACAGGACCCACGCUCUGCCGGUGUUUGACCUCGACUCGCUGUAAAUAGAGAUGAGAAGUGAGAGCGGACUUGAAGUAUUUUUUUGCACUAAGCUCUUCGGGGAGGGGAAGGGGGAGGGGGGGGGGGGACUAGAGCAUUAACGGCAUGACCCUUUAAUCUGAAUCUGUAGAACACAGUGGAGACAGUAUUCAACCAUUCCUACGAAGCAAAGACGACCAAACGCGCAGUAACUCGUCACGUGUUUAGUUGAGUUACUUUGCAGAAGGUUGGUGAAGUUUAACUUUGGUUGAGCCAUUUUUAUUUUUAUUUUUUUUUUGCCAGUGUUGUUAUAUUUUCUACCUUGGUGUUUUACAGUGUAAGUGUCCCACUGAGAUGUGCUGUGGCCCCUCAGACUUGGCGGUUUUUACGGGGCCCAGGAGAGCUGAGGUACCGAUUAUGGAGCGAGGUUAGUCUCUGAAUGAGAUUCACAAAUGUGUAUUUUAACUCACGCACAACGACGGUUUAACCAGAAUAACUUCACAAAUACACACACAGCAGUCUUUUAUUGCAAAUUCACAAAGUUGGCAUUAAAAAAAUGCAUGGUGCAUUUUUGUGUAUCAUGGAUCAGGCAUAACAUUAUGACCACUUUCCUAACGCUGUGUAGGGGAUCAUCAUACAGCCGGGGUUUCUGCAGGUCUGAACAAGUGGAAUUAAGACUUUUAAAGACCCCUUUUUAAAUUUAAGACCUACACUAAGUACAAAAAACAAGCAAUGGCAGAGAUACAGAAUUAAGUUUACUGUCAUUAGGCUCAGCUGACAUCCUGGGGGGGGCCUCCUCUAAUGAGGAACAUAAUAAGCCGGGGCCAGAGGGGCUCAUGAUGCAAAUUAAGUGGUAAUAAAUGGAAAACAUGCUCAUAUUUAAGACUUUUUGAAGCCUUACAUUGGAAAUAUCAAAUUUUAGGAGAAUCGUUUCUGUGGGGGUGGGGGUGCCUGUUCUAGUCUAGGUUGGUGCUACAUGUCUACGUAACAUCCACACGAAUUAAUUCCAGAUCCAAAAGUUUCCCAGAAGAACACGUAUGAAUCGUCACAAGAUGAUUUAAGUGUUAUUGACUUCACCUGUCAGUGGUUGUAAUGUUGUGGCAGAUCGGUGUAUAUCUUAACUUCAACGUUUUAUGUGUUCAAUAUUAAACUCGGCCUUAUUUUAUUUAUCGGGACUGAAUAGGCUCAGUUUAAAUUUAUGGGGGAAAAUUAAAAAAAUAUAUAUAUGAAAAAUGUCUAAUCAACCAAAGAUUUUGUGACCCCAUGUUGAAGACAUACAUCUUAACUGAUACAAUAUGUAGAUAUAAAUAAAUGGUUUAAAUAAACGUUGUUACAAAAAUACAAUUCUGAUUUAAAAGAGAAAAAGAAAUUUGUGAAUUUGCAAUUUAAAAAAAAAAAAAAUAACGAUGUGUAUCCAGACUGCGAUUUGUGAAAAUUAUUUUUGCACCUGUGUGUGAAUUAUAAUAUGUAUUUGUGGCCAUUUUGAGAGUCCACAACCUCCUCCCCCUGUGUCCUCACAAUCCCCAUCACUCACUUCACAUCUGUGUGAACUUAUAACACCUACCAAGGGCAUGCAAACACUACUACUACAACAACAAAAAAAAAAAGGAUUAAAUAACUAAAUAAAUAAAGAAGAAGAAGAAGCAUGUUUCGAUGUACAAGCUUGCCAAGAACGAACCAUUUUGUACAUUUAUCAGGACGUGUGGUCCGAUGUCCCGGGGCUGUAGACACACCCAUAUCCAGUGAAGUGCUUGCAGGUUGGAGCCAUUAUUUGAUACCAUGUUAUUUCUAUGAAUGGAUCGUGCAUGUCGUCUCGGUGUUACCUCCUGUUUACCUCCGCUGUAUGUCUUUGAGUCAUCGUCCAAAAGGGGUUUAUCCAUUUUGUACUAUUUCUUAUGAGAAGUGUUCUUCUCCACAUACAAAAUAAAAAACAAAAAAACAAAAAACAAAAACAAACUAUGAACAAAUAAAUGCUGCAUGCAGCCAGAUG